AGACACUCAGACUUGUUGGGCUGUGGGUAUCAUGGAUCUCAAACACAGUCGUUCGGUGAAGCUGAGCGAUGGGAACUUCAUGCCUAUCCUUGGAUUUGGCACUUUUGCUUCUGAAGAAGUUCCGAAGAGCAAGGUUGCUGAGGCCACCAAAGUAGCCAUUGAUGUAGGCUUCCGCCACAUAGAUUCAGCAUACUUUUAUCAAAACGAGGAGGAAGUUGGGCAGGCCCUUCGAGAGAAGAUUGCUGAUGGAACUGUGAAGAGGGAAGAUUUGUUCUACACCACCAAGGUUUGGGGUACUUUCCUUAGACCAGAGUUGGUUCGACAAUCCCUGGAGCGAUCACUGAAGAAGCUUAAACUGGAUUAUGUUGAUCUCUGCAUUAUUCAUGUACCGAUGGCCAUGAAGCCUGGGGAGGAACUUUUGCCAAAGGAUGCCAAUGGAAAAGUCAUUUCAGAUACAGUGGACAUUUGUGAUACAUGGGAGGCCCUGGAGAAGUGUAAAGAUGCAGGUUUAACCAAGUCCAUAGGGGUGUCCAAUUUCAACCACAAACAGCUGAAAUUGAUCCUGAACAAACCAGGCCUCAAAUACAAGCCCACUUGCAAUCAGGUGGAAUGUCACCCUUACCUCAACCAGAGCAAACUCCUGGAGUUCUGCAAGUCCAAGGACAUUGUUCUGGUUGCUUACAGUGCCCUGGGAUCCCACAGACACCCAGACUGGGUCAGUUCUGAUAGUCCACAUCUCCUGGAGGAUCCUCUCUUAAAGACCAUUGCUAAGAAACACAAUCGAACUGUAGGCCAGGUUGCCCUGCGAUAUCAACUGCAGCGGGGUGUGGUGGUCUUGGCCAAAAGCUUCAAUGAGAAGAGAAUCAAAGAGAACUUCCAGGCAUUCGACUUUGAAUUGACCCCAGAGGACAUGAAAGCAAUUGAUGGCCUCAACAGAAAUUUCCGAUAUACUAAAAUGGAAUUUGGGGUUGAUCACCCUUACUACCCGUAUUCAGAAGAAUAUUGAGCAUGAGCUGUGGCUGUUUCUGCCGGUUUCCUUCCUCCCAGCAGUGACUCUCUGUCUUGGUGGUGGCUAGGAGGCAGUCUUCCUACUUUGAGUUUUUUUUUCUUCUUGCAUUGUCACUGAAAAACACAGUGAAGAUAUUUGAUUUUCCUGAUGAUUAAAAAAAAA